AUUUUCAUUUCAAGAAUAUUCGAUAAGUAACUGAUAUUUAUAUUGGAUAGAAGCCGGUAGUGAGCAGUGUUAUUGUAUUACAGUUAUAAACACAGGAGCAUACUAUUUUUCAGGUUACGUCUUUUUAGGACUUGAAUAGCUUCUUAAACUUUUCUGCACGAAUAUGGCAAACACAGGUUCCAUAUUCUGUAAUGACACGCUGCUCCGUGUCGUGCAAAAUUCAAACUUGUUCGAGGACUCGAAGACCUUCGUAGAUCUCCGACUAAGGACGACGCCAGAUGAGACAUUGAAAGCAUUUGCUGAUUUGAACAAGAACGGCAGGGAACCUACAACUGAUGAGGUCCACACUUUUGUGAGAACCUACUUCGAAGGCCCCGGUACAGAACUCAUCCAACAUACUCCAGAGGAUUGGAAUCCCAAUCCAUAUAUUGUGGGAAAAGUUGUCAACCCUGAUAUGAAAAUAUGGAUGGCUGAUCUGAACGCAAAGUGGAAGGAUCUAAGUCGAAAGAUUCAUAAGGACGUACAUGAUCACCCAGAGCGCCAUUCUUUGAUUCCACUUCCUCAUCCAUUCGUCAUCCCAGGUGGCAGGUUCAGAGAAUUAUAUUACUGGGACUCAUACUGGGUUAUCAAUGGACUGUUGUUAUGUGACAUGUUCCCUACUGUAAAGGGAAUGCUAUCAAACCUCCUGUACAUGGUUCAAAGGUUUGGCCAUGUCCCUAAUGGUACAAGAGUUUAUUACAUAACCAGAAGUCAGCCCCCAUUUCUUAUCCCGAUGGUUGACGCAUACGUACGCCGUACAUCCGAUCUGACUUUUUUAAAGGACAACAUACAUCUUCUUGAAAAGGAGUAUAACUUUUGGGAAGAUAACCGUACCAUAGAAGUCAUCAAAAAUGGUGAAGUCUACAAAAUGGCCCGUUAUAACGUUGACCAACCCAUUCCAAGACCAGAGUCAUACAGAGAAGAUGUCAAGACUACUGCUGGACUAUCCCAAGAACGCAAGAGAGAAAUAUUUUCCAAUCUCGCUUCAGCUUGUGAAAGUGGCAUGGACUUUUCUACAAGGUGGCUUCCAAAUCCCAUUGCCGACAAAAACACGAAUAUCUUAAAAAGCAUCAAAACAAAUCGGAUAAUUCCCGUGGAAUUGAAUGCUUUGUUGUAUUGGAACGCGGUCCUCCUAUCUAACAUGAACGCAAUGUUGGGUCUGACUGAUCAGAAAGAAAUGUUUCGUAAAAAAGCAGAACUUCGUCAGAGAGCAAUUGAUGCCGUUCUUUGGAACGAAUCGAGGGGAAUCUGGUUAGAUUAUGACAUUGACCUUCAGACCAGUCGAGAUUUUUUCUUUGCAUCAAACAUCAUUCCCCUGUUUGUGGGUUGCUAUGGAAACGAGAGUGAUAUGAACAGCAAAGUUGAAGUUGAAGAGAAAGUGAUCAAAUAUUUAAAGGAUGAGAAGGUCCUUGAUUAUCCAGGUGGGAUGCCAAGUUCGAAGAUUGAAUCUGGUGAGCAAUGGGAUUUCCCAAACGCCUGGCCCCCAUUACAACAAAUGAUAAUAGAAGGCCUAUCUAAUACAAAGAGUUCACGAGGACAAUAUUUAGCUAGAGAGUUGGCUGAACAGUGGGUGAAGGUCAAUUGGAAAAUAUGGAAAGAAAAUGGGAACAUGUAUGAGAAGUACGAUGUGACUAUGGGGGAGGCCGGUAGUGGAGGAGAGUACGACGUCCAGACAGGCUUUGGUUGGAGUAAUGGUGUCGUCAUGAUGCUCCUCGACAAAUACCCAGAUUUACUCUUAGAAGGAUGAAAGUACAUAUUAUCAACAUGAACACUAAUCCAGGCGAUACAUGAGUAACAAACAUGCGCUAUUUCUGUUUUAUAUCUAUAUUUUAGGAAUGCCAAAUUAUUGGACUAUAGUGGGCCAUAUUAAAUUUAAUUAAUCGUUGUUCCUGUAUAGGAAAUAAAAACAAAGAAUAUGUUACUUCAUAGAUAUAUUCUAGAAAAAGAUGUCGCGAGAUUCAAACGUUUCAUAGUCACUUCUAUUAGUAUCUAUAAAGUUUAUCAUCUUUACAGUGGACUCUUACGUGCGAGUGGUUUGUCUGUUCACGAAACAGUGGAAAUAACCUUUAUCUACAUUCCAUGAUUACCAGCCAGGAAGAACGCCUGAUAUCAUUCACAUUUACAAAACAUUCGAGUAAUCCAUGUCGGAAGUUCAAAAGGCAUUUCCUCGAUAUAAAGUUAUUUGUAAUUUUGUAUUGGUCCCUCUAAUUGGAGAGUAGAGACAACGUGUACUUUUUGUUGUAAAUUAAAGCUGUUUCAUGUCAUUAUUCUUAGAUAAUUACAUGAGACUAGAGAUUGUUCAUUAAUGUUUCGUUUAUCACACGUUGUCAUUGACUUGCGUUGAAAUGCUCAAUUAAAUGAGUAACUUCAAAGUAUUAGAGAUCCUUUAGAGGUAACAUAAUGGAGAAACACGAGCUGUGGAGACGAGAUUUAAUUGAUUUGACAACUAACAUUUACUGGUGAGCAAUUGCUUUGAACUUACAGGAUGUGCGAAUCUCUAUGUUGCCAUGUUGCAAUAUAUGUAUACCACUGGUGAUCCAAUCGAUUACGCUGGUUACCAAAACGGCUCGUUUCGGUAACAAAAUGUCGAAAUCUCAAAGGUACGAUUUUUCUUUUUUCCUUAUUUCACGCAUUGUGGGGAGAAUUCUCACGACAUUUUUAUCAUAAACGUGUGCC